UCCCUCUCUCUCCCUCCCCCUGUUGGCCAACCCUUCGGACUGAACCCCGUUCCCGCCCCCCUCCCCCUACCCCCACUCCAUUCAGUUGUGUCCCUGCCAUCUUGUGACCGUUGCUCAAUGCCUUGCUCUUUGCCUCCUCCUCUUCUUCUUUUUUUGUACGUUCUUCGUUCCUCUCCUCUCGCAUUGCCGCGCCUUUCCGUUCUGCACUCCCGUCACCCAUUCCACUCACUUCUGCUUUUUCCUUCCCUCUGUCCACUUUGCAUUAUAAAUGCAUUUCAUUCUGCACGAUCCCUCUGGGUUCCUUCUCCGGUGAAGGUCGUUGGCCUUCAAGGUUCCAGGAUAUAUUCAAGUGCUACAUGCCCCAACAGUCGCGUAUUGGCUUCAGGGUUAGUGGCUUCUUGUAAGCGACAUCAGGUUAGAAUGGAGCAGGCACAGGAGUUGGUUGCGGGGAUUGAAGGUGUUCAGCAGCCUGAUGUAGUGGCUCUCAUCUUUCGACAGUUGUCAGAGCCUCAGGAUGUCUUGGCUGCCGCUGCCGUUUGCAGGACUUGGAGAGCAGCUGCCACGGAUUUAUCACAGCUCCGUUCGUGGCAAUACGAUGACGAUUCUGCAACUGCAGCUGGAAUUAAGUCUUCCGCCACACCUAUGCAACCGAAGACUCCUCUUCCAAAGCAUUGGGUGAACCCAACUACUCACUCCCCAUUUUCGUCUUUUAAGACUCCAAGAAGCUUAGCGAUGCUAUCAGCCCCCUCGCCUAUUCGCUCCCUUCUAUGGCCCUGCGACCGCCUGACUGAUGCUAACGCAGUGACUUCUAACAUUGAUGAGAAUGGACCCUCACCACGAACCCCCUCUCCAGUGCAGCCCGUUGCACCUGGUGGUUCAUUCCUUGACAUAGUGUUAGCGCAAAUGGUCAUUGGAAAGUUCGUCGGGGAUGUUGACAUCAGCUCCUCUCGACUUAAUGACAAAAGUUUACAAACCAUUUUCAAAAGUUGUCCUCGCCUUCACACGCUUAGAUUGCAGCAUUUGUGUGUACCUUCGAUGUAUCCUUCGAACACUUUUGAUUUGGGGCCCUCUCCUUUGCGUGUUGGUGAUAUUGGGCCUGACAAUUAUAUUCUCCCACCUGUCCUAAGCUGUGGUUGUGGGCAGCUAUCAGAAAGGGGUUUUGCAGCAGUGCGGUGGCAUUGUUCCGAUCUCAGUUCUGUUACACUUGUUCUUCAACACGUCAUUUCGAAGAAAGUCUACCGGCAGGUGUUGUCCGAGCUAGGAGCACUGCCCAAACUGCACACUCUGUCUGUUGAGUUGCGCAUGCCGUCAUUUGGACAGUCUGUGAAAUCGCAACUUAUUUGGCAGGAGAACACACAUUGUACAGAUAAGGAAUUAUUGGCAUUACUGAAUGCAGGACCACCUCCACUAAGCGCUUUGGCUCUCAAUCGCUGUGAUCUCACGGAGGCAUCGAUCUCGGCUCUUGCAUCUUCAUGCCCAAAUCUCGAGGCGAUUGAUCUGCGCUCUUCCUCAGACAUUCAAGGAGAGCAUGAUAUUCCUCUAAACAUAGGGGCUCUCUUCCAGAACUUGACUUGUUUGUCAGCAGCUGCACUAGGUGUAUUCCAGACACCUGAGAAAUUACCUUUUGAGUCCUGGGUUAUGCCAGCCUUGAAGCGGUUAAGAUUAGAAACAGUGGAGCCGUUGUCUCUGAGCCAAUUGCAGACCUUGAAGUGUGCAUGCGCUAGACUUGAAAGUCUUCAUUUGAUUUCAGGAACUCAUGCAACAUUGCAAGAGUCUCAUAUCUAUCCAGUCACAGAUGACACUAUUCUAGAACAUGGAAUGUUGAACAGCUUAAGCACCUUCUAAGACCGCCGCGUUCGUUAUAUCUCUCUCGGAUCACUGGCGGCGAUGUUAACUUAUCCCAAGAUUCUUAUUCUGCAAUUUUAGUUUCUAAUUGUGCAGUUAUUUUUUUGCUGCAGUUUUUGACCAACGUUAAGUCCGUUUAGCGUUUGUAACCAAAAGUAACAUGAUUGAGAUUAAAAAAACGUGUUUUUUGUCAUUGAUCAGA